CCGAGCUGCCGACCUGAAGGAAACACCAUAAAACUCGACGACGGCACUCGUAAAACAAUUUACAACUAAUUCAGCUUGCCAAAUCGACGGAUCGAUUCCGCGUGCGAUGAGCGCGCGCUCGGGACGGCAAAACUUCAAUUACGGUUACAGUUCAAUUGUAUAAAUACAGUCUAGCGGUCCAGAUGUGCCGUCACUCACGGCGUUCCGACCGCAGCCCAAAGACCGUUGCCGUUGUCCGUGCCCUGCUAAAGUUCAACUUCCCGGCCCGUAUCAUGAAGCACGUCGUCCUGGUGAUGUCCAUGCUGGUAGUCCUGGUCUCCGGCGGCCUGGCCCCAGUCAAGCGUAGAGAUUUACGCUAUCGUCCCAAUAAUAGCAUCGCCUAUCAGUACACGUCAGUUCACAGUGGCAUCGAGGGAGACGUGGCCAAGGCAGUGUCCUACCAGCAUCGGCUCGAGCAGAUCCACGCCGUGACACGUGUCGUUCCGACGACGAAACCAGCACCGACGGCAGUUGCAACAUCUCAGGCCAGGGUCAUUCCGGCGGCACCGGUGGCAGUGGCGGUUGUGGCAGUCAAGGCAGCAAGGGGUCCACAACAGGCCAGCUCGAAGCCUCGAUUCCCAACUCGACAGGCCAUCGGCAACACCAACGGCAACGGCGGUAGUCCAUCAGCGGUCGACAGACGUCGUACGACGGUGGACAUCACAAGUGGCAAUCUCCAGCGGCACCAUCAGAAGGUCGCUGUUGCCCAUUCCCAUGCCCAAGUGCAGCAGUACCAUGAGCAUUAGAGAGCCAUUUUCUG